AACGCCGUCGUCAUAGCAACCCGUAGAGGCUGCACCGGGAAGAUGUGACGUAGAGAAAAGGGGAGGACUGACUGCUGCUACAGCUCAGUCUGCUACAGAUGAAUUAUUACAUGUCUGUUAAUGCCAUACCUAAUAAGGUUCGUGUCAGCUGUGAGAGGACGCUGCAUGUUCACCAUAUGAAAAUGGAAACGAACGACGGACGCUGCGAAGAGGAUACUGUUCUCUGUUUAUUCUUUUUGCAGUGAGCAGACAGUGGGUUAUAUUCUUCACACACCUAAAUUUAAAGUGACCGAUCUGCAGGAGCAAACUCGCACUUUGCUGGCGCACAUCCACACCUUGGUUUAUUGGUCCAGAGCUACACAGAGUCAGCUUCUGACGCAGCCGGAGCACCUAUCCGCGAGGGGGACACUGACACCUGACGGCUCCAUCUCUCGACACUCCGGUAUUUCCCGUCACGACCACUUCGGCUCCGCAGUGCAGGAUCUGCUGCGUUUUAUGGAAGCAGAGUCUGUGCAUCCUGUCGUGGUCAUGCUGCCCCCAAAGACCUGCCUACCGAGGAACUACAGCUGCAUAGCCGGACUGUUCGGAAGCCUGGCAGCGGCAAACCCGCGGCUUGAAGAUGGGGAAGAUUUUGACAUGAUGAACGGUACUUGUGAGCCCACCGAGAGCCCUGUGGUGGACGAGAGACCACGGGGCAGAGAGAUCUUCCUGAAGCCUCCACAGAGUCCAAACCUGCGUCGGAGGUGCAAGUCGCUGCCCACACCCACAGAGAGAGCAAAGUUAGAGAUAUCCCGCAGCAGAAGUCCAACCAGUCAGAAAAAGGUCCGGUUCGCCGAUUCCCUGGGCCUGGAGCUCAUUUCAGUGAAGCACUUCGAUGAUACAGAUGUACCAGAGGUGCCAGAGCGCAUAUUGGCAAAACUACCCAAAGGACCCCUCCACCUUAAUCAUUUGGAAACAAAAUUCCCCCGGGCCCCUGCGCAGUCUGUGUUCAUGGAGUUGCAGUUCACCAACCCAGGCACACUACCCGGCUUUGAGCAGAAAGUGAGGGAGGUGAAAGUCAUGUUGGACAGCGUUGAGGCAGACGAAUUCAGCCUCUCAGGGUUUGUGCGCGUGUUGAAUCUGGCUUUCGAAAAGAGCGUCUCUUUGCGGUAUUCUCUAAACAACUGGAUAACAUUUAUGGACAGUCUGGCGUCUUAUGUUCCUAGCUCAAGCGACGGUGUCACUGAUAAGUUCCGUUUCAAGAUCGUCAUGCCUACCUACCUCGACAACGGAGGCACAUUGCAGUUUGCCAUUAAAUACUGUGUCGGAGGCCAAGAGUUCUGGGACAAUAAUAAUGGAAACAACUACAAAGUGCGGCGUCACCGGUUAAAGAUGUCCCCACCGCGUGAAUGGGAGAAUGGAUGGAUUCACUUUAUCUGAGCAUUGUCCUCUGCAGUGGCACACUGCGUGCGUAAUUUGCGCCUAACUGAUCCCCGGGUACCUUAAUGAUGACUGUAGCCUGUUAAAGAUUUUUUUUUUCUGCCAUUGUCAGCUACACACAUGCGGUGACACUUAAAACUAUUUCCCACAAUAAUUCAAAUAUUUGCCCCGCUGUGGUAACAUAGGCCUGCUGAGUGUUGAAGAUACGCCUUUGAUAGGUUUCCGAUGUGGGAUGCUGUUGGAUAAUUUGCCUUGAUGUCAGGGCUCUGUACAGCUUGGUGCCCUUUGGGAGGGCAUGUUAUGUAAUGUAGGAACACGUGCCACGGAAAACGUGCCGGGCAAUGCCGACUUCAGACAUCACUGUUCCUUUCAGGAGAUGCUGUAAAUGUAUUUGGUGGCAUGGAGAUGUUUGAAUUUCCAGUUUGUUUUGCAUGUGUGCAAAUGCAUUGGCUUAAUGGGAAGCAGAAAGCAUCACGUCUUGGCUGACACGGAUGCCAAGCGAACCUAGCAGCAUACUCCUCUGGUGGUCUCCUGCAGGCUGGGGGAAACAUACACACAAGACAUACGUUUUACAGAUUUGGGACAGAAAAAUGAGGCAGGUUAUUUCAUUCAGAAAAUUCAAUGUAUAAUUUCUCAGUCAUGACACUGAAACAUGCCUUAUUUUAAGCUAUGAUGUGGGAAGUUGUGUAUUAAAUGUUGUGCAGUAUUUUCUUCAUUAGGCUUGAAUAGACUAAAUGCAUUAGAUAGUUGUCAUCAUUAAACUUACAUUUUAAAAUAAUAGCCUAUAGGCACUGGGAAUUAGUAAGUGACCAUAUACCUGUAGGCUUCCAAUCCAGGGACACCAUACUUAGUCAUAAACCUGCCUUUUAGCCAUAUAAUUGCACCUUUUCGACACCCAUUGUAUAUUUUUGCAGUAUUAAUGUAAAAAUUAUCAAGUAUUUUGCCAAAUUCAAAAAAGCUUUCUCUAGAAAAAAACUGUCCCCAACUUAUAAUUGCAUCAUGCAUGUUCCAUUAAAUCAUAAAGGCUGUGUUUAUAAAGAAUGGCCUUCAACACUCUCAUACUGUACCGUGAUAGGAAGGUUUUUUUCUGAAUGAACCCCUUGAACGUGAUUGUUGUCCCCCCAAGGAAAAUAAAUAGUAGUGAAAUAGUAGCAGUUUGCAAAUUUACCUCAGAUUACUUGUGGACUUUUUCUCCUCUUCUUCAGGUUGAGCAUUAUAAAACAGAUGUUAUUUUCACAGUAAUUAUUUUCUAACAGAUACAUUCUAACUAAAAUAUUAUUGUACAUGUGCAGAUUCAAAACGCAAUGCUUAUUCAUUUGUAAUGUUCUUGAUUGCACUGUGUAACUCUGUUUUUCACAGAGCGGUGUUGUCUAUAGACAAAGUAGCUAUUACACGGAUGUCUGUGUUUAACCGGCUUCUAUCCUCAGUCACCACUGUGCAAGAAUAGUGCUGCUCCUUACACCCCACAUGAACCACCUGACUGGCUGACAUUUCCAUCCUUAAGUAGCAAACUGCUGUCUGAUUACUUAAUUUCCAUACCAUAAGCCUUGAUUGAUGUUAUACGACCAGUCUGCCCUCUCCAGACAACAGCUAAUGUUACAGCCAUACGUUUUUUAUUAAUUCACUGGCGAGUAGUCUUCCAAACCUGCUCCCGAUCAUUUGUGAUCAUGUACUCUUUAUGGCAAACAUGCUUGAAUUUCGUAGGCAAAUGAGUUUACUUAAAUGCAAGUAUCCAACAUGCCACCAUGUUUAGUUGUAAGAUAUUAUCAAUGUUUGUGGGCAAGUAGAAAGUUGAGACUCCAGUUCAGCAAGUAGAGGAACAAGAGACAAGGUGCUUUUAUUUCCAGUGCUCUGACUGUAAUCUGAACAUCACUUUGUCCUUUGUUUACAUCAUCGUGGCCUCGGAGGGAAGCUCUCCAUUUAAUGAGGCCAUCAGGUUGGGAUGUGGAUAAAGACUAUUCCUGUAACCACUUAGGUUUUGGAGCAGUUCCACUGUGAACCCAUCGGUAAUGUUUGUCUCUAAAUGAUUUGUGUUGGAAUUUAAAUGCUAUACCUGAUGCUGUUAGAAUAGUUUUGCUGAAGUGAGAGAUGGCCAGCAGUGAGUUGAUAUUUGCUUUCACUACGUUCAGCUUUAUCAUGUACAGAGCUGCGUUUUUCUCACCUGUUUAUUUAAAUACACUGUGGAUAUAAAAGGUCUGGCCAUGGCAGUGCUUACUGUGUGUCAUGUUGUCAGUGGCUUAUUGUCUGCUUUGGUCUGUGUAAACUUUGUUCAAGCAUCCAUGCCGUGCAAUACCAGAAAGCAUUAAUUAUCCAGGCUGUGCUGGGUACAGAGAGAUGCAUCAAUACCAAUCAGUCACCGCCAACACAGACUGUGUUUUUUAGAUUUUAAGAUUUGUCCUGACAAGAUUUGCUCUGUUUAGUCAAGAACAUACAGUUUGGGAGUGUGUGACACAAAUGAACGUCUGAAUAAGCUGCUUUCUCCAUGUUCCAUUGCAUGUGACUCUUUGGUUUAAGUUUCCAAAAAGUGCGGAAACUGUAAGAUACCAGUGCUCAGUUUUAACAUGGUAUCUCCCACACUGCUGUUGUUAUUGGUGCAUCACUACCAUAAAGAAACUGAAGGGCUUCUGGUCUGAUUAGAUUUUCACCUCAGUUUAUACAUAACAUUUUGCAUCAGAACUCACUGAUAUAUAGAUGUGUAUGUAAAUGUGUUAAUGUUUCAUAUUGAAUGUCUUCCUAUUACUGUUCUAUGUUGUGUGUGUAUUUUAAAGCCUUUUAAAAGCAGAACUGAGAGAUGUGAAUGGUAAAAGUUUAUCUGAAAAUCCUGUGCAGUUCGAAGAUAAAAUAUGAGCCCAAACUUAAUAAAUUACUAAAGCACACAUACUAUGAAAUUUAAUAAUCAAAUCUUUCUUGAAGACCAUUUCAAAUAAGGCUGCUUGUUAAAUUGGGAAUACCACUAACUGUGAUCAUCAGUCUCAAAAUGAUUUUUUAUAUAUCAGUAAGAUAUUGUAGAAUUUUCCCUAAAAUAUGUAUCAAAAUGUGAGCAGUGUAUCGGAAUGAAAGGAUUAUAUCUGAAACCCCAUCUGAACAACUAUAGGUGUACACUGCCUUACUAAAAAAAAUGAGUUUACGAUAUAAAGCAGGCUGGAAAAAUGCAAGUGCUUGUUUGUUAAGAAAUAAGGUGAUUGCAGAUGGAUGAAAUCUUGUGGACUCUAGACAAUGAUAAGGGGCAUAUCUUAGCAAGAUAGGUAACAUGAGAUGCGAUUUAUGAUUGUAGCAGACUCAGUCAAAGCAGGUCUAAUGCACUUGAGUGAGAACAAGGAAAAGGGCAGGGUUGCAAGUCACUAUAUAGUAUAUACGAAAACUUCCUUCUCCUGUGAAUAGCUACUAACCAAGAUGAUUUCCAUUCUUUAUUUUACUGAUCUUUUCUCUCACUGUGGAAAGCCUAAAUCACUUCUGUCUUAUUUAUACCCAUUAUAUGGCACUGAAUUUACUGAGUUUUUUGGUUUUGUAAAUCCUAUGCAACCUCUUUUGUGUUGUAACAUCUGCAGUCAUCUGACUGUUAAUCUGUGCUGUUGUCUGUUUUUUUCCUCUUUUUGCAGUGAAUGUUAACCAUGUUUGCAUGUACAGCUGUAACAUACUGUUAUUUUUCUGUUUAGUUUUUAAUGUAACCUAUAUUUUGUUAAAAUAUUGGUUAAUAAAGGCAUUUGUGAUGGAAACCAAA